AGCCUGAGCGGCGGAAGAGGGAGGGAGCGAGCGAGAGAGAAAAUGUCGAAGCGAGGGAGGGGAGGAUCGGCCGGGAACAAGUUCCGGAUGUCGCUGGGUCUGCCGGUGGCGGCGACGAUCAACUGCGCCGACAACACCGGAGCCAAGAACCUCUACAUCAUAUCCGUGAAGGGGAUCAAGGGGCGCCUCAACCGUCUGCCGUCGGCCUGCGUCGGCGACAUGGUGAUGGCCACCGUGAAGAAGGGAAAGCCGGAUCUGAGGAAGAAGGUGCUGCCUGCUGUGGUGGUCCGUCAGAGGAAGCCGUGGCGCCGAAAGGACGGAGUGUUCAUGUACUUCGAGGACAACGCCGGCGUGAUUGUGAACCCUAAGGGAGAGAUGAAGGGGUCGGCGAUUACUGGACCGAUCGGGAAGGAGUGCGCGGAUCUCUGGCCCAGAAUCGCCAGCGCUGCCAAUGCUAUUGUUUGAAUCAGAAUAGUAAGAGUAGUAUGUCUUAGAGUUUUGGCUCUAUGUUGGUUAUUAUCUAGGAUGACUUAUGAUGAUGUGUUUUUGGAUGUUAUAUUCUGAUGGAUAAUCUCAGUUAUGCUUAAAUUAUGGUUUUUCGGAGA